GUCUCAACAGCGGCGCAGUAGUGGUAUCAUGACGCAAGGCUCGACGACUCAUGGCGCUAGCGGUGACAUGCUGCUGGGGAACCCUGCAUCUCGAGCUGCUGCGCGGCAUCAGAACGACCUCGUUUGGGAGCGACUGAAUGGCCCAAUUUCCUCCUCAACAACAAUCAUCAAAAAAUAUGGCCGAUCAACGCAUCACGGGACCAAAUUGGUCGUCUGACGGCGGCACACUGAAUCCGCCUGCCUUCUGCGAGCCGCUCGAUGCUGCUCGUUGUGCUGCGCUGCACAAUCAUCUCAUGGAACGAGGCUUCCAGCUCGGCGGCCAAAACUCCGCCGAGGCGCGGCCAGAGACGUGGUGGCAUGUACAUGGUAGCAGCCUAUCAGACGUCUCGAGCAAGCUGCAUCCCAACGUGCUGGAGUUCCUGAAGCUUGCGUGGGUGUCCGCACCAGGGGAGUCUUUCUUUUGGAGCACUGCUGGCAUACCCUCUCCGGACGACUUGUUUGCCAACGGUGUCAACGAGGCGUAUCAAGGCCUCACCACUUUGGACCAUGACAUGUACAGUGAAGAUGACGACGAUUUCGAGAUCGAUGUCCCAGCCGCUCUGGACGUGGACCGCCAUCGCUUUGUGACUCUGUAUGCAUUUCAAGCAUCACACCACGAGAGGAGUCCCUCCAUUGGUGUCGUCUUCGAUCAAGUCCGCCACAUGGCGAUCUUUGUACCGAAUCAAGGCGAGAUUUCUCUUCUGGUCAACGGCCACAAUACCCAGAAGUUCACCUGCCUGGAACAAGUAUUGGACUCGUGGCAUUUUCUUGUAGACCGAGAAAGGUUUAUCAAACAGAACGGAGUCUGGCGACUCAACGGAGUCGCGCAAUGUGAUCUGGAUGAUGCACUCUCCGCUUGGGACGACUUGGUGGAGAGCGUCGAGCAGCGCAUACUCAACAAUGGCGGGAGUUUAUUGGAAGACGACACACCCCGUGUGUUGCUUAACCCAGACACUGCGGCAUCGCUGUCGUUGUCCACGUUCCGUCGGAGUUUUCUCACGAGAGCAUGCCGACCCAAAUUCCAAUGGAUCGCCCCAGGAAUGCAGAUACCUUCAUCUGACGAGCUCGCUAGACGGAUUAGCGGGGCCACGACAACAGACGAAACAAGCAUGAGCGACUCAUUGCAGGAGCAUCCUUUGCUCCUUUUUGCCAUUCAAGAGUCCAAUCGAGUGCCUUGGCCUUCAAACUACUGCUCGUCGCUGACGCAACGAGUGCCCUCAAGUUCGGAGCUUCUCUUUCCGUUCGCAAAGAACAUUGAUGACGAAGCUGGCUUCGCUCCGGGACUCUAUCUUUCCUCGACUGCUUCCGAGCAUAUGAUAUAUGCAGACUCGUUCCGUCUCAUCCUGCCCUUCACGCUUGGGGCAAAUGGCUUUGUUCGAAGAACUGACUUCACCUGGGAUGUUGGCGUCUCUGAGGCAACUGAUCAGCUGGGCAAUUUGCAUAACAAUACCGCGCCACGAUACUCCGAGCUCUACCAAUUGGGCAACUCCAUCACGGACAAUGGUAUUCCACAGCAUGAUGGACAGUUAUCGAAGUUGUUCGAGACCUGGAAGCGACAGGGUGAGAUGGGAGCAGGCGGGUGGAGGGUGAGCGAGCAAGACGCAGUUGGCGUUAUCGGCCAGACCGGAGACGAAAUACAAGGCAUCGCUAUCAUCGAGCACAAUGCGGAUUCGUGGGAGCGAUGGGGCAACUAUACCAUCGGAAGAUGAGUAUACAGCCUUUGUCUUCCCAAUCAUAGAUCUACCUUCGCGUCGAACGGUGCCAUCGACCAAUCGACCAAUGACCAAUGUUGAGAACAAAACAACCAUGCGGGAACAAAAGCUCAUUCAUAGGGAGAGCUUGAGCGUUGAAGCCUCUGGCAAUAGUCUAAGAGUGGUAGACCAUAUUGCGUUAUAUGGCCCAACAGGGAGGGCAACAGCGGACUGCGGCUGUUGGCAGGCGACAAAAUAGAAAACGAUAGGCAAUCCUGCGAAUUCUGCAUCCUCGACUGUCAAUACCUCGUGCCGCUUGCCAAUUUUGAUGAAGCUUGCUAUGAGCUUUACUCAGAUGAUCCGAUUGGAUCAUCUGGGUGCUCGCGAUUGCGCUCCGUUGUAGCUCUGACCUUGGUCACUGUCGACUCCUUGUGGUUGGAGCGGGUUUGCCGCGGUCACUUCUUUUUCAACCGCAUCCCGCCUCCAUUCCCAGGCUCUCUUCGUCUGCCGAUUGACCCCAUGCUCCUGCAGGAGUCUGUUGCAGCCCAAGGACAGAAAGUAUGGUGACGAUGCAGGAAGAGCGUAUGCAUACAGGCAGUCCCGAAGAGAUUUCGAAGCAGGGUCGCGGAAACGGGAAUCGUAGAGUAUAGUGAUCAGUUCAUGUUCUUGUCUUGCUGCCAUCGCAGAACCAUUUCGGGAUAGACACAAAGUCGCGUCCCUCGGGGCUUAAGAAUGCCUUGAUGGAGUAGUGGCUGUCGAACGCAGUAGAGCUGCUUUGAGUCUUUUGAGGCAGGCCGAUCCACCAAUUGCUUUGUUGU